AUGUCUCCUCCAUACUUCACCGUUACCAUUCUUCUUGCCCUUUUGUUACCACUUCUCAACCUCGUCGGUCGGAAUCUCGCGUUGGACAACGACGGUGCUUGUCCUUACCCUUGUAACCAACCGCCGCAACCACCAUACCCUUUGUACGGUUAUCCACCUCCACCUCCGUCACCGUCCGGUUACCCUUUGUAUUUUCCGCCGCCUCCGCCACCACGCCCUCACUGCCCUCCUUUUCCGGCAGAGUGUUGCCACCCACCGCCGCCGCCGCCGUACCCCUACGUGUUUCCUCCUCCGGGAGCCAAGGAGCCUCUUGGAACCGGCGGCGGAACCGCCGGAUGUUCUCCCACCGUGGCGGUUUGUGUUACGAUGCUUGUGCUUUCAUAUCUUGCUUCAGUGUUGUAG